GAACUCGUCACCUCAUGAUCUGCCCACUGUGGACUCCCAAAGUGCUGGCAUUACAGAUGUGAGCCACUGCGUCCAGUCUCUUGAUUAUGUUUAUGCAGUUAUUAAACUAUGUGCAUGCAUAUGUAUAGAGAAAGUUUCAAUGACUAAAAAUAAGGAACCCAAGAGAGGGAAGAAAUUCUCUAUCUCCCACGGGGCCAGGGUCGGGACACUCCAGCAGUGUGUGAAGAGCAGAAGUCCAGCCAGUGACAGACUCUUCCCAAAACAUCACUUGCUUAUUUCGAAAUCAAACAAUUUCUCAUAAAUAUUUUCUCCCAACGCUGGGAAGAGGGAGAGGGGAAGGAGGUACGGAAACUCCAACAGUCAUGUGAAGGACUGCCUUUUAUUAGACUGAUUAUCCGCAGUGGGUUGUUUGCAGCUUCCUCCUCCCGGGUUCUGGGUCUCAGCUGUCAAAAGGAUUUCACCAUGCAACUUUCUCAUGCUAGCAGGUGGGGCCAAGAAGCUAAUAGAUGGGAGAAAGCUCUGAAAACUUCAGGACGACAAAUAGGUAUCCUCCUCACUCACAGAAAAGAAGGAUUACUGCCCCACCAUCCCCUGGUGGCCCUCGAAUCCAUUCUCUAAACAGCAGCAGCUGUUUAGAGGUGUCUCAGGUGUCCGCAGUUCUGUCAUCCUAUCCCUGUUUGGAGCAGAGACUGAGGGCUGCUGACCGGGACCGGCUAUUUUGGGACGUGCUGCGGGGUCCUUGGGAGGAUGGUGACAAAAGGAGUGCGUGCCCGCUAAGGGAGGGGACGCCCCGGAGCGUGCCACUCAUAAACAUGGUCCCGAGGCCUGCCCCUCACCAGGAUGGUGCACUCGGGAGGCGCGGCUUUUUAGUGGCGCACGAGGGCUGGUCGGGGGAGUUUAGGGCGGUGCUGAUAGAUGGCAGGUGGGGCGGUGCUGCGCUGAUUGGCGCGGGGCGGGGUGAGGCGGCGCUGCGCUGAUUGGCGGGCGGCGGGGCGGGGCGUCUCCCGCCCGGGCCUAGCGCGCUGCCUAGGUCGCCGGGGCUAUGUCGCGGGCGCGGAACCACCUGCGCGCCGCUCUAUUCCUGGCAGCGGCGUCUGCGCGCGGCGUAACGACCCAGGUCGCGGCGCAGCGGGGCUUGAGCGCGUGGCCGGUGCCGCAGGAGCCCAGCAUGGAGUACCAGGAUGCCGUGCGCAUGCUUAAUACCCUGCAGACCAAUGCCGGCUACCUGGAGCAGGUGAAGCGCCAGCGGGGUGACCCCCAGACACAGCUGGAAGCCAUGGAACUGUACCUGGCACGGAGUGGGCUGCAGGUGGAGGACUUGGACCGGCUGAACAUCAUCCACGUCACUGGGACGAAGGGGAAGGGCUCCACUUGUGCCUUCACGGAAUGUAUCCUCCGAAGCUAUGGCCUGAAAACGGGAUUCUUUAGCUCUCCCCACCUGGUGCAGGUUCGGGAGCGGAUCCGCAUCAACGGGCAGCCCAUCAGUCCCGAGCUCUUCACCAAGUACUUCUGGCGCCUCUACCACCGGCUGGAGGAGACCAAGGAUGGCAGCUGUGUCUCCAUGCCCCCCUACUUCCGCUUCCUGACACUCAUGGCCUUCCACGUCUUCCUCCAAGAGAAGGUGGACCUGGCAGUGGUGGAGGUGGGCAUUGGCGGGGCUUAUGACUGCACCAACAUCAUCAGGAAGCCUGUGGUGUGCGGCGUCUCUUCUCUUGGCAUCGACCACACCAGCCUCCUGGGGGACACGGUGGAGAAGAUCGCAUGGCAGAAAGGGGGCAUCUUUAAGCAAGGCGUCCCUGCCUUCACUGUGCUCCAACCUGAAGGUCCCCUGGCAGUGCUGAGGGACCGAGCCCAGCAGAUCUCAUGUCCUCUCUACCUGUGUCCGACGCUGGAGGCCCUGGAGGAAGGGGGGCCGCCGCUGGCCCUGGGCCUGGACGGGGAGCACCAGCGGUCCAACGCCGCCUUGGCCUUGCAACUGGCCCACUGCUGGCUGCAGCGGCAGGACCGCCAUGGUGCCGGGGAGGUGAAGGCAUCCAGGCCGGGGCUCCUGUGGCAGCUGCCCCUGGCACCCGUGUUCCAGCCCACAUCCCACAUGCGGCUUGGGCUUCGGAACACGGAGUGGCUGGGGCGGACACAGGUGUUGCGGCGCGGGCCCCUUACCUGGUACCUGGACGGCGCGCACACCCCCAGCAGCGUGCAGGCCUGCGUGCGCUGGUUCCGCCAGGCGCUGCAGGGCCGAGAAAGGCCGAGCGGCAGUGGGCCCGAGGUUCGAGUCUUGCUCUUCAAUGCUACCGGGGACCGGGACCCGGCGGCCUUGCUGAAACUGCUGCAGCCGUGCCAGUUUGACUAUGCCGUCUUCUGCCCCAACCUGACAGAGGUGUCAUCCACAGGCAAUGCAGACCAACAGAACUUCACGGUGACACUGGACCAGGUUCUGCUCCGCUGCCUGGAACACCAGCAGCACUGGAACCACCUGGACGAAGAGCAGGCCAGCCCGGACCUCUGGAGCGCCCCCAGCCCAGAGCCUGGUGGGCCCACAUCCCUACUGCUGGCGCCCCACCCACCCCACACCUGCAGCGCCAGCUCCCUCGUCUUCAGCUGUAUUUCACAUGCCUUGCAAUGGAUCAGCCAAGGCCGAGACCCUGUCUUCCAGCCACCCACUCCCCCAAAGGGCCUCCUCACCCACCCUGUGGCUCACAGUGGGGCCAGCGUACUCCAUGAGGCUGCUGCCAUCCAUGUGCUGGUCACUGGCAGCCUGCACCUGGUGGGUGGUGUCCUGAAGCUGCUGGAGCCUGCACUGUCCCAGUAACUGAGGCCCGGGGUUGGAGGUGGGAGCCUCCCACACCUGCCUGCGUUCUCCCCAUGAACUUACAUACUAGGUGCCUUUUGUUUUCUGCUUUCCUGGUUCUGUCUAGACUGGCCGAGGGAGCAGGGCUCUGGGAUGGGAGGCCAGGAGAGGAUGUCCUCUUUUCUAAGGCUCUGUGCCUUGGUCUCUCCUUCCUCCUGGCCGAGAUAGCGAGGGGCUCCCCGGGUCUCUCACUGUUGCAGUGGCCUGGCCGUUCAGCCUGUCUCCCCCCCAUACCUUGCCUGCCUCCUGGCUCAGGCCCAGCGUAUUGUGUGCACUGCCUGGCCAGGCCCUGGGUCCUGCCAUGUGUUGGGUGGUAGAUUUCCUCCUCCCAGUGCCUUCUGGGAAGGGAGAAGGCCUCUGCCUGGGACACCCUAGGACAGUGGGUGGCUGGAGUGAAUUAAAGCCUUUAACUUUGUUUUUUAAAGAAA